AGUAUCAUCGCUUUGAAUAUUAACGACUCUCGGCUCCCUGAGAUCUUGGGUAUGGGGAUUCAAUGCGCUCGAGAUAUGCGACUUACUGAUUCGAACGUAAUUCGGAAUACAUUUGGAGAUGCUGACGACCAGAAGCUUGCAAGGCGUACCAUCUGGGUUCUGUAUUGUCUAGAGACAAAUUCUUCCGUAUAUCGUGGGAUUCCUCCGUUACUCCAUUCCGACUUCAUUAAUCAUCUUCCUACGACGCUUGAUCAUCCAGAAAAGCACGACCCUUUAGUCCUCCAGGUAGUGGCAGCAGGAUUGAUCGCUAGGUGCUUUAGUCGCGUGUAUGGGAAACCAAUGUUGGCGAAUUCUACAUUGGAAUUGCAAGAUUGUGUCUCGGCAUUAGGACAGUGGCGCCGUUGCUUGUCAGACCACAUCAGGCAACUCAUUUCAGGCCAACGAUUCGAAAGCCUUCACGAAGACGACAAUGCCGCUGUGAAGCUGCGUUUAUUCUGCUGUUACCACGAAUGUGUUUAUUUCUUAUUCGGACCCUGGCUUCCACCUCUGUUGGGCUCUAUGUCGCAGACCCUUGGUCACGAUACAGAGACACCGGGUUCUACAGAAGACCACAAGCUUGUGUUAGCCGACGCACUCGGAAGAUGCUUGGAGUCAGCUUACACGAUCAUCUCCCAUGCCAACGAAAUCGUAUCCGUGGACAAGACUCUGGCAAAGCGUUUGCGUGGUUUAAUGAUAACUUCGGUAUGCGUGAUUACCUAUGGCGUCCAAUACGGGGAUCCGGAUAUGAGAAAGAGGUCGCUGGCUUAUUUAGGGAUAUGCUGCGGAACAUUCAGUGGCAUGUACCUAGCCGACAGCUCGUUGCCGUUUGAGGAGAUAUUAGACUUGGUCAGAAUUAUACGAUCAGAUAAUUGAGGAGUCCCGCCUAUACCGUACCUAAAAUCGCCAAGCGUACCGACUGUGUAGGUACCUACCUAGAUAGGGGCAAUUAAAUUAACC